CAUUCAAAACUCAUUAACAUAUACAUUUGGUCAUGGACUGGUGUUCAUGGCUCUCCAAAACUAGCCUGGAGCAUUCUCUUGUUCAUGAAUAUGCCCUUACUUUUGCACACAAUGAACUUGUACAAGACGACAUAGUUUAUUUCAACCACGAAUUUCUGCAGAGCAUGGGCAUAAAUAUAGCCAAGCAUAGGCAAGAAAUACUUAAGCUUGCAAAGAAGGAGAAGAAGAGUAGAAGUUCAAGAAAUCACAUUUUAGGGUUAAUAGUAGCCAUCAAGCAAGCAAAGAAGCUACUUCCUGAGCGCCUGAAUAUGUGGACAUGUCGACAAGGUUCAAUUAGUAAUUUUGCCGUUGCGCCGUUGAGAAAUUACAGUACAAGAUGGAAGGCAGCUAUGUUGAAGAGGAACACUAAGUUGGCCACUGCUAAACAAGAAACUCCAAGAGUUGUGCACAAUGAAGGAAUGUUGAAGAGAUUAAAGGGUAUGCAAUGUUUCAAGACUUGAGUACCUUCCAUUGAACAUUUUAAUAUAGAUCUCUAGCUACUUCAAUUGAAAUA